GAAGCAGAGCUAUGGCCCGCUGGCUGCGUUGUGUUGACAGUUCACUGUCGCAUGAUGUUUCCACUAUUUUUACGGUAGCAAGCUAUUUAAGUGGCAACAGCUUCAUACUGACGUUUUAUCCCUUUUAAAAAUACAUCGGGAUUGUGUAUAGACCACCCCUCAUCAUUCGGAGUGGUUGACGUAUCACUAAAAAUUGCCAGAUAACGUUUUCCUGGCGAAUUGUCUGGAGGCUAGCCAGCUAGUUACCUUGCUAACAACUAAUAAUUUACUGAGCAAAUUCGCUGUACCAAAACGUAGCCCGCUAUCAGAAUGCAUAUCAAGGAAUGUAUCAUGUCUGCACCUGGGAAAGCUAUCCUCCACGGAGAACACGCUGUCGUGCAUGGCAAUGUGGCUCUGGCUGUGAGUUUGAACCUGCGCACAUACCUACGGUUGCAAGCCACAUCCACCAGUAAAGUCUGCAUCAAUCUCCCCAACAUCAACACUUUCCUCAGCUGGGAUGUGACCAAGUUGAAGCAGCUGCUUCCUGACUCUGGAGCCGAACUGGGGAAUGUGAAUGAGCUUGAUGCAGAGCUUGUCAGGAAGCUGCGAGACUUGGUUGGUGUAUCAAAUGGAACCUUGGAUACUCGCAGCAUGGCCAUCUUAGCCUUUCUCUACAUCUACCUCUCUGUCUUUGCUGGGUCAGGGGAGUUACCCAGCCUGACUGUGUCUGUGUGGUCAGAGUUACCAACUGGAGCGGGUCUGGGGUCAAGUGCUGCCUACUCUGUGUGCCUGGCUGCCGCUCUGCUCUCUGCAAGUGGGACCAUCCCUUCUCUACUCAGUGACCAGGAAAGCACAGCCAGGUGGGGUGAGGUGGAGAUGGAGCUGAUCAACAGGUGGGCGUUUCAGGGGGAGAGGAUCAUCCAUGGGAACCCGUCGGGGGUGGACAACGCCGUGGGGACAUGGGGUGGCAUAUUGAGAUACCAUUCUGGGAAAAUAACACCCCUAAACAGGGUCCCAAUGUUAAGGAUCCUACUCACAAACACCAAGGUCCCUCGCAGCACCAAGGUACUUGUUGCUGGAGUGAAGGACAAAAUGAACAAGUUUCCCUCUAUUAUAAACCCUGUACUGGAAUCUGUGAAUGCAGUCUCCUGCACCUGCGAGCAGACCUUAUCAGAGAUGACCAACGACACCCCCACACCAGAGCACUACAAUAUCCUGGAGGAACUCAUUGACAUCAACCAGCACCACCUGAACGUGAUGGGUGUAGGACACCCGGCCCUGGACACCCUGUGCCGCGUCACCUUGGCCAGAGGGCUACACAGCAAGCUGACUGGUGCCGGCGGAGGGGGCUGUGGUAUCACCCUGCUUAGACCAGAAACGGAGUGCUCGGUGAUCCAGAACACUAUCCAGGACUUGAGAGACUGUGGCUAUGACUGCUGGGAGACCAGUGUAGGUGCAGAAGGCGUGCAGCAGCACUCUCCCCUCGCCGUCAAAGAGGAGGCCCUGGAGGUUUUAGCACGCUACUGAGACCCACUGGCCAUGGGUCUGCCCUUCCUAUGGGUGAACAGGUGACGCUUUGCUCCAAUUACUUUGGCCUACCAAGUCUUCUAUUGUUAAGGCCUGACAACUUCCAACAGAAGAGUUGGCUACAGCACAAUACAGCAUGGGACAUGCAUAAAUGCUAAUAGCGCUUCUCUAACGACCAACCGUCAAGACAGCCUCUUUGUUUCAGGGGAGGACAGUUGCUAAUCACCCACUCAUCAUAUAUUUUUCUGACAUUUCAUGAGGUCAUGGAACUAAGAUUGUAGGGGCACUAGGCAGGUGAUCACAGUUUUCAUUAUUUGGUAUGCACUGUAGCCUUCCCUAUCCCUGGCUUAAAAUGAUUGUUAACUAAUGUGUAUUUAAACUGUUUUUGGUUUAGCAGGAGCUUACCAUGAAACUUCAAAAGAAGAUGUUGCAAAAAAGCAAGAUAAACCCCGUGCGUAGCAGUGUGUCUCGGUGCUAGUAUUUAAAAACAAGUAAAAAAUGUAUUGAAAGAUGACAGGCCACCGACCUUGACUCCAGUGUAUAUUUGCUUUUCUUUUUAAUAUUAGCAUUGCAUCAAACUCAGUUGGUCACCUGAUUUCUUUUUCUUUUUUUUGCAGUUGUUUACACUUGUUUUUGAAUAUCAAUACCUUGGUUGACUUGUUCUUCGUUUCAAAUGAGGGUGCUGUGAGCCAUUUGUCGUAUAGAUGGCAGCAAAAUGUAAGAAUGAACUAACCUCUUAAGUGACAUGAGCAAAUCGUAGCGAAGAGAUUGUCAUUCAGUUUUUGCUUCAGGUGUUAAUACAAUGCCAAAGCAGAUGCAUUCCUAGGUAUACAAACCUUUUUAAAACUGAAAAUAAAAAUGUGCAUAAUU